GGUGUGCCGUGUGCGACUGUUAACUGUUGACGUUCCAGACAAGCUCGCCUUAAUGGAAUCACAAUCGCUAUAGUCGUCGGUACACGAGAGAGUUUGAGAAUGGUCGUUGUUGGUCAAAGAGUAAAAUAGGAUCAAAUGCAUCGCUGGUUCUGGUUAACAAGAAUUUGUGUGGCGGAGCUAUGAUCUCUCGUGGAAGCUUUAUAUGUGUAUAAAAAUUCACCCGCUUUUCUUUUUCCUCUCAGAGUUUUCCGCAUAGAGAGAUUGUAUAUUCUUUUGGGGUCUCUACAACCUCUCGCAGUUUGUCAGCUGCAAAGAAGUUGCCAAGAUGGUCGCCCAGGCUUAUGCAGUGGAUUUGAACAAGCCUCUUGUUUUCCAGGUCGGCCAUCUUGGAGAAGCUUAUGAUGAAUGGAUUCACAAGCCUAUAGUAAGCAAGGAAGGACCCCGGCUUUUUGCAAGUGACCAUCUUGAGUUCUUGACCCGCACAGCGUGGUGGAUGAUUCCACUCAUUUGGCUACCGGUCGCAUGCUGGUUUAUUUCCAAAUCAGUCAGAACGGGCCUUACUCCUCCUCAGGUAGCUUUAGCACUGUUUGGUGGCAUAUGCUUCUGGACAUUACUGGAGUACACUUUGCAUCGCUUUCUUUUCCACAUGAAAACAACAAGCUAUUGGGGAAAUACUUUUCAUUAUCUUCUUCAUGGCUGCCAUCACAAGCACCCUAUGGAUGGACUACGACUAGUUUUCCCUCCUGUCGGAGCAGCAAUUCUAGCUGUGCCAGUUUGGACCCUGAUUAAGCUUUUAUCACCUGCAUCCAUUGCUCCUGCUUUCUUUGGAGGUGGCUUGUUGGGAUACAUAGCGUAUGAUUGCACUCAUUACUACCUGCACCAUGGGAAGCCAUCCGAAGGAUUCAGUGAGAGUAUGAAGAGAUAUCACUUGGACCAUCACUUCAAAAUUCACAACAAGGGAUUCGGGAUCACUUCCGACUUCUGGGACAAAGUUUUCCAUACACUUCCUCCGAAAAAAGCAGCGGAAAAGAAGAGAUGAUUACGCUGGUUAAGUGGUGAUCUAUGGAUAAUCACUCACCCAACUAGUUCUGCAUAUAAAUCAUCGAUGCCAUUCAUGGAGGAGCCUGAUUUACACUCACUUUGUUCGUCAAAUUCUUUCAAGCCAGGCCUUUUGUAGAGUACUCUCUGUCCAACAUUCUUUAUUGAAAAACUUCUUCCAGUAGAGUUUACUGGACUUUUUAAUUGUCCUUGCGUUGCUAGAGAUUUCUUUUUUUCCUGGUUUCUAUCAA